AAACAGAGGCGAACUGUGCACUGAUACUACUACUUUCAUAUUUUCUUACAAUAUUCACAUUGGCUAACCAUGGUGGAGCAUAAGGAGUUCUUGAAGGCGAAGGAGGUAGGGCUGCACAUCUGGAGGAUUGAGAACAUAGAGCUAGUGGCUGUGCCAGAGAAUUUGCAUGGGAGUUUCUACACUGGAGAUGCCUAUGUGAUCAUCAAUACUGUGAAGAAGAGAGAGAACUACUACUACCAACUGCAUUACUGGUUAGGGAAGGAAUGCAGCCAGGAUGAAAGCGCGGCGGCGGCCAUCUUGACUGUGCAGUUGGAUGAUUAUCUGGGAGGGAAGCCUGUGCAGUACAGAGAGCUGCAGGGGGUCGAGUCCACUGCCUUCACCAGCUACUUCAAAGGGGGCAUCACCUACAAGAUUGGAGGAGUGGCGUCUGGGUUCCACCAUGUUGUCACCAAUGAGCUAAGCGCAUGCAGACUGCUGCACAUCAAAGGACGACGUGUUGUCAGAGCAACACAGGUGCCACUGGGCUGGAGCAGCUUCAACAGUGGAGACUGCUUCAUCCUGGACCUGGGACAUACAAUCUAUCAAUGGUGUGGAUCCAAGUGCAAUAAGUUUGAGAGGCUGAAGGCGGCACAGGUGGCACGUGGUAUCCGUGACAACGAGAGGAACGCUCGCGCCCAGCUGGUGGUGGUGGAGGAGGGCAGUGAACCUGAGGCUCUCAUAGAGGUCUUAGGAGAGAAGCCUGAGCUACCCGAGGGAGACGAUGAUGAAGACGUCAGCGCAGACAUCUCCAACAGGAAGAUGGCUAAACUCUACAUGGUAUCUGACGCGUCGGGCUCCAUGCAGUUAACCCUGGUGAGGGAAGAGAACCCCUUCCAACAGAGCGACCUGCUGUCCGAUGAAUGCUUCAUUCUGGACCACGGCAAAAACAAAGUGAUCUUUGUGUGGAAAGGCCGUAAUGCUAACACCAGCGAGAGGAGGGAAGCCAUGAAGACAGCUGAGGGUUUCAUUCAGCAGAUGGGCUACCCCGCUAACACACAGAUCCAGGUGCUGCCGGAAGGAGGGGAGACACCCAUGUUUAAGCAGUUCUUCCUGGGCUGGAGGGACCGCGAGGAGAGCCAGGGUCUGGGGAAGGUCUUUGUAACAGAGAGGAUCGCUCACAUUGAACAAGUGGAGUUUGAUGCUUCCAAACUACACCAGUCCCACCAUAUGGCUGCACAGUACAACAUGGUGGAUGACGGUAGUGGGGACACAAAGAUCUGGAGGGUGGAGAGCAGUGGGCGUGUCCCAGUGGAGGAGAGCACAUAUGGACAGUUCUAUGGAGGAGACUGUUACAUCAUAUUGUACACUUACGGCACUAGGCAGAUCAUCUACACAUGGCAGGGGGCCAGCAGCUCUGUGGACGAUCUGACCGCGUCGGCCUUUCUCACUGUGGAACUGGACCGCUCUCUGGGAGGAAAUGCAGUGCAGGUGAGAGUGUGCCAGGGUAAGGAGCCCCCGCACCUGCUGAGCCUGUUUAAGUCUAAGCCCCUGAUCAUCUAUAAGAAUGGCACGUCCCGCCUCGGAGGUACUGUCCCUCCUCCAGACAAGCAGCUAUUCCAAGUCAGACGCAACUUGGCCUCCAUCACCAGAAUUGCUGAGGUGGAUGUGUGUGCUGUAAGUCUGAACUCCAAUGACGCCUUCCUGCUGAAGCUGCCUGGGGGGUCCAGCUACCUGUGGAUGGGCAGAGGCGCCAGUCAAGAGGAGGAAAGGGGGGCACAGUACAUGAGCCAGGAGUUGAAGUGUGCACCCACUUGCAUCAAGGAGGGUGCUGAACCAGAGGACUUCUGGGAUGCACUAGGCGGCAAGACCAAAUACCAGACUUCUGCAAACCUGGAGAGUGAAACCAUGGUCCAUCCCCCCCGUUUGUUUGGAUGCUCCAACAAGACAGGAAGAUUCAUAAUUGAGGAGGUGCCUGGAGAGUUCACACAAGAUGAUCUAGCUGAGGAUGACGUCAUGCUGCUGGACGUGUGGGACCAAGUUUUUGUCUGGAUUGGAAAGGAUGCAAAUGAAGUGGAAAAGACUGAAUCCAUCAAGUCAGCCAUGCAGUACAUAAAGUCAGAUCCGAGUGGGCGAGACAAGAACACCCCCCUGGUGGUGGUCAAGCAGGCCCACGAGCCCCCCACCUUCACAGGCUGGUUCCUGGCCUGGGAUCCCCUGCACUGGGACUCUGUGACCAGGAGUAUGAAGUCGCUCACUGUGUAGACUGGCCAAGGACGUAUGAUGAGAAAUUAUUCAGAAGUAGUAUCUUGUUUACAUAUGUCACUGGUCAUGUAUUACUGAAAUUUUUAAAUGAGGUUUAAUGAAUGUUGAGUUUGUGAAUGUGAAUUUGUCAGCUUAGUUAAGUAGUAAAAGUACCAAAAGUACUUUUGGCUUUUACUGUGGAUCAGACCUGGACGACUGAGGGAUUACACAGACAGUUGCAGAAACCUUUUUUGUUUACAGCCAGUGCCACUUAGAGCUGCAAGUCUUAAAACAACACCAUGUGACUUUCCAGAAAUGGCACAUCACCUGCAUGAUUCUAUGGAAAGAGAAAGUUAAAACCAUACUUGGGAACUUGGGAACAUUCUCGAAAUGCAAUUGAAGUUAAAAUUCAUUUCUAAAAUUAAAAAAAGUUUAUAACUAUCUCAAUUAGAUUUCGUCAAACUUUUUUUUAUAGUAGGCACUUGCUCGAGCCAAAAAUGAUGUCCAGUUUGUCUUGCCAAAAGUUAAAUAUUUUAAAUUUCUUCUUGUAGGUCAAGACCUAUGCCUGUCAUAUACUGCACUGCAUAUUUUAUAAUAUCAAACUAUUACUAGUUUUAUACGGUCAGUUUGCAUGUAAUUAUGUACCAGGUCUAUUUGUUUUGCAUGAGCAUCUCUUCAAUAAAAAUACAUUUACAUGUUACUGCCACAAUAUUCAUAUUAGGAUAUGUGAUUGUUAAUUCAUAUAUUCUUUAAUAAAAAGUAAACGUUGAAUGUU